AUGACCGAUGACCCGGUAAUGUCUACUAGCCUUCGUGUGUUGGAGUUCCCAGAGCUAUCUGGCCGCCAUUCCCUAUUGCAUAGAUCACUUAUCAUUGGUGAUUCUAUUGACCUAGAUUUGGAGGACCCAAUCCCUAAGAUAACUGUUGGCGGUGCGUUGACGUUUUAUGGCAAAGAAUCCUCCCUUGGUUCUUCCCAAUUGAUAGUAAAAAUCACUGAUACUGGUGCUUCAUUGUUUGGAUUUGCAGACAAAAAAUAUAUAUUCACAUCUACCAUGCAAAGUUGA